AUGGCUACCGCGGCAGUGAACCAUCGCAGCAUCGAGAUAUUGGUGCUGGACACUUCGGCGUUGCUCAGCACACCCGCAUCUCAACUUGCCAAUCUUGCCUCCCGCAUGGUCAUACCCCGCGUCGUGCUAGCCGAAUUGGGCGAAGCUCGCUCUAGGGCCGAUUUGGAGAUCCUCACCUUGAGGGGCGUCGAAGUGGACAUUACCGAGCCAGAUGCCAAGGAUCUGGUAGCUGUGAGGAACUUUGCGAAACAGACCGGAGAUUUGUCUUCUCUCAGUCAGGCAGAUCUGAGCGUGCUCGCGGUGCUGUACGGAACGGAGACAGCUCGACACGGACAAUGGAGACUGCGCGACAAAGUGGGAGGACUAACGGGCCAGCAGGCUCACGAUGCAAGCAGACUGGCUCAGGCGAGAGCGCAGCAGGCCAAGCCAGUGGAUGUGCCCGCCUCAUCGGCCAAGGACGCAGCUGCAGCAGAGCCUGCUGCACCUGCAGCGGCUUCCACAUCAGCUGCCCCGCUUGCUCCCAGGUCCAUCGUCGAGCCACAUAGCAAUGAGAAGGCGGAGGAGUCCAAGCCUUCAGAUCCUAUUGCAGAGUCAUCUUCACCCGAUCGCCAGGCACAGGCUGCCUCUCUGGAUCUUCAAGGUUCUCGCGAGGACGCAGAAGGUGCAUGGAUCACCCCGCGUCCUCUUCGGGAAGUGCAGGAGGAAGAAGCAUCGGAUGAAGAGGAAGCAGACCUUGGAGGCUCUGAUGGCGAGGGAGAGUGGAUCACACCCAUCAACGUAAAGGCGCAUAGAGCCAAGGCCUUGGGAUUCGCGGCUGAUGCGGAUCUGAUCACUCGAGAUGAGGCGGAGGCCAAUGAUGCAACAGAAGGUGACACAGUGGCAGAGGAAGGCGAGGAUGACGCAGGCUUCGAAGAGCCCAGAAAACGUCGCAACCGCAGGAAAAAACCUGAAGCUGGCGGGUCAAUGGGGACAGCAACGACGGCCAGUGGCAAGAAGUCAAAGAAGGCAGCGGGCAAAAUGACGGUUGCCGGCAUGACGGGCGAUUACGCGAUGCAAAAUGUGAUGCUGCAAAUGGGCUUGGCGCUUGCCAGCUACGAAGGUCACAGGAUGAAGAGCGUGAAGAGCUGGGCUUUGAGAUGCCAUGCAUGCACCAAGUGAGUCUGCGGAAUACAGCACCACGACUGCUCAACAUCAGUGACUGCUAGGCUGACGCAUCACGACCAUCUGGUCCUAUCCAUGAACAUGCAGAAUAUGCAAGAACACGGAAGAGAAGUUUUGCCCGUCUUGUGGGAAUGCGACGCUGCUGAGAGUUUCGGUGCGCACGAAUGCACCGGAGAAAGGAGGAGGAGAAGUGAUCGAGAUCAACACUUCUCGUCAGUUGCGUCUACGAGGAUCGCGAUACUCGCUUCCCAUGCCCAAACCUUCACGGGCUGGAGGACCACGAGGAGCCAAUGCGCCAAGCAGCGGAGGUGCGCCAAUCCUUCGAGCCGAUCAGCAAGAAUGGAUCAAGGCGCUGUCGAAGGAGAAGGGAAGGCAGGAAAAGGAAGUGAGGAAACUGAAUAGAGCGGCUGAAAAGGGCAAGGAUGGCUGGAGUCAGCGAUACCAGAAUCCCGAAGACGUGAGCGCUUUCUUGCAAGGGGGCAAAGCAGACUUUGAACCUUCGAGAUUGGUGGGCGGUCUGCCACCCCUGGGUAUUGGGCGCAAGAAUCCCAACGAGCGUAGACGUAGGAAAGUUUGA